CUGGCUAGGGAUGUGACUGGUUUCGCAUACUAACUUUCUCAGUAUUGUGAAAGUUAUCUGCGGAACCAGUGCACUGACGAUUUGUGGUAGCUGCCCCCUCUGUGGAAUAUUAUUGGUUUUUGUCUCUCUCUCUCUCAUUCAACAUGCCUAACCAAACGCGAAAUGCCCGGAAACGUGUUGCCUCCCGCCCUCUGUCCCCUGUCUCUGGCCAACGCGGUGCUGCCAGCUCUGGUGGUACCGUAGUAAUCGAUCGCAUAGCUGAUGCAAUUAUUAAAUUGAGUGAGGCUCAGGCCACUCAAAUGGCACUUACGGCUCGAAUCGCCGAAUCGAAUCAAAUUGCUCAGGAGAACCAGGCUCUCCACACAAGCAUCGCCUCUCAGCCUAAGCCUAUCGCGAAUUAUUCUUCUGUCCCCGUUUUCAACCCUUCUAAUGCCGAUCACGAUAUCGAGAAGUGGUUAGAAAAAGUAGAUGAGCUGAGUGUUGUCUAUUCUUGGACACCAGCUAUGACCAUCAAUGCUGCGACUUCGAAAUUGGCUGGGUAUGCCAAAAAGUGGUAUGAUGGUCAAGAGACCUUUAUUCAUACAUGGGAUGAAUGGAAGGAGCUACUCACUGAUGCCUUUCAAUCCAAUAAAGGCCGCUAUCAAAGGAUGUUAGAAUUGAUGGCACGUAAGAAAAAGUUAAAUGAGAAAUUCGCCGAUUACUAUUACGAUAAAAUGAUCCUUCUGGUUGCCGCGAAAAUACCUGACGAAGUAGAUCAAGUUGACUUUCUCAUUGGUGGUAUACCUGAUAAGACUACACGCGAUAGCGCGAGGCAGGGUAGAUAUAAAACACCCUUGAAGCUGUUGAAAUACCUGAAUAGCAUAGAAGAACCCUCCGUUCCUUCUACCUCCACUAAUGACUCGCAAUCUAAACACGUUCCCUCCGCUCCUCGCACUUCCCAUCCGCAGUCCGAUGCGAGAAAGAAGAAUAUUGAAUGCCACAAGUGUGGAAAGAAAGGCCACUAUGCGAGAGAGUGUGAGAAAGAGAGUAGACAACCUCGCAAUGAGAAGAAGGACGACGUGCGUGUGCCUAUGAAGCAGUGUGAGUUUUGUAAGCGUUUUGGUCACGUAGAAAAAGACUGUUUUAAAAAGAAGGCAAGCUCUGGUUCUGGUACAGGUACUCCAAAACCACCCCCUGCCAAGACUGAAUGA